AUGGCUAGCCCUACAGUUCUCUCGUUCGAUUCUGAGGGCCGCCCGAUUAAGUUUGAUACCUGGCUCGAUGAUCUGCACCUGUUCCUCCAGCUCACUGCCAGAGAGGAUAUCUCGCUGUACGAUCACGCACUAGGCACAGUCCCUGCUCCUGCUACUACUGCUACCGCUACUGAUCGCUCGCAGUGGCAGACUCGCGAUGCCCACGCCCGCUUUGCCAUUCGCAACUCCCUGCCAGUCGAUGAGCGUGAGCACUUCGGCCAGCAUCAGACUGCGCAGGCCCUGUACACUGCUGUAGUUGCGCGCUACUCCUCCCCGGCCUCAGCUGCACUAGGCCGUCUCUCCCUUCCCUACCUGUUCCCCGACCUAUCCGCUUUCCAGACAGUCGCUGACCUCAUCACUCACCUUCGUACUAGUGAUGCCCGCUUCCGUGCAGCCAUGCCCGCUGAGUUUCUUGCCUCCAACCCUCCCCCGCUCUGGCUUACUCUCUACCACCUAGUCACCCGCCUCCCUAACACUCUGCGUACAGUCAGGGACCACUUCCUAGCUCGCUGUCCCACUGAGCUCACCAUUGCCGCCCUAGAGAAGGAACUACUUGCAGCUGAGAAGAGUAUUGUAGCUGUAGGUGCCUCUCGUGGCGACCCCCACACCCCUUUCUUCGAGGGGUGUUCCCCCUCCCCCCUCCUCCCCUCUGUCGCCUCUGCUGCUGCUGUCGACCUUCUUGGUGCUGAGCAGGUCGGCUCUGCGUCCGCUCCCAGCGGGCGCCGCAGCGGCAAGGGCAGGGGAGGCAAGGGCGGUGGGGGUGACGGCGGGGGAGGUGGUGGUGGGGGUGGUGGCAGCGGUGGAGGUGGUGGAGGCAGCGGCGGUGGCGGUGGCCGCGGUGGGGGCGGUGGUGGUGGUGGCAGUGGACGUGGCGGCGGCAGGGGCGGUGGUGGUCGUGGUGGAGGCGGCGGUGGUGGUCGUGGAGGCUCUGGCACUGGCCAGAGCGCGCAGCACCCUCAGUCCUCCCAGGAGCUUCGUGAGUGUGGAGAGGAGGACCAGUACCUGAGUGUUCCGCCUGACCCAGGCAUCCGCACGAGUGAGGCUACCGCCCUAGGUGCUUGCGUGUCUGCUGCCCCAGGUACUGGUGAGGCUACUGCUCUAGGUGCGUGUGUGUCCGCCACCCCAGGUGCUACUGAGUCCACUGAGGCACUGCACACCUUCACUCUAGACUCAGGCGCUUCACGCUGUUUCUUUCGUGACCGCACUGCUCUUGAGCCCCUUGCUCGACCAGUAGCUGUCUCGCUCGCUGACCCCUCUGGGGGUCCGGUCAUUGCGACCUCCUCCACCCUCCUUCCUUGUCCUGCUGUCCCGUCGGGCACACUGUCAGGUCUCCACCUCCCCUCAUUCUCUACGAACCUGGUGGCGGGUUGUGCGCUUCAGGAUGGGGGUGUUCACCAGUUCACCCCUGCCUACGAGCGUGUGACACACUGCACGUGUGCUCGGACGGGCCGUCACCUGGCUACCUUCACUCGGCAGCCGGGGUCGGACCUGUACACACUGACCACUGAGUCCCCUCAGGUAGCGGCGUCUGCGUCUGCGUCUGCGUCAGGUCAGCUCUCUGCCCCCUGCUCGUGUCGCUCUCUAGCGCACAAGACUGUCCUCUGGCACCACCGACUUGGUCACCCGUCAGUGCAGCGCCUUCGGGGCAUGCAGGCCCGGUACCUUGUCUCUGGUCUUCCUCGGGUACUCCCUCCCCUCCCACCCUCCCUUGCUCCUCCUUGUCUUCCCUGUGUCGAGGGGCGGCAGCGCGCUGCCCCUCACUCCUCCUCGUUCCCCCCGACGACUGCUCCUUUGCAGACGCUCCACAUGGACGUGUGGGGCCCAGCCCGCGUCCGUGGUCAGGGCCAGGAGAGGUACUUCUUGAUCGUCGUUGACGACUACUCGUGCUACACCACGGUCUUCCCCUUGCGCACCAAGGGUGAAGUCCCUAAUGUUCUGAUCCCCUGGAUCAGCAGAGCACGUCUUCAGCUGCGAGAGCGUUUUCGCUCGGAGUUUCCUGUUCUGCGCUUGCACUCUGACAGAGGUGGCGAGUUCUCCUCCGACCUCUUGGCAGCCUACUGUGCCGAGCAUGGCAUUUGCCAGUCGUUCACGCUCCCGGCCUCUCCACAGCAGAAUGGGGUUGCUGAGCGCCGCAUUGGCUUGGUCAUGGAGACCUCGCCCACACUGCUGUGGACGGGGGAGGUUGGCGAUGCGUCACGCUUCCGUGUCUGGGGAUCCCGAGCAUUUGUUCGCGACACGUCUGCGGACAAGCUCUCCUCCCGCACUGCUCCCUGUGUCUUUCUUGGCUUUGUCCCGGAUGCGUCUGGCUGGCAGUUUUACCACCCCGCCUCGCACCGAGUCUUCCCCUCUCAGGACGUCACUUUUGACGAGUCCGUGCCCUUCUACCGCCUCUUCCCCUACCGCACUGCCCCGCUCCCUCCCCCGCCUCUCUUCCUCGCGCCAGGUGCUGCAGUGGUAGACCCCCUUCCCCCUCAGGGUGCCGCUCCCUCAGGUGUCUCUCAGGUAGACCCGGUUGAGCCUGCCGAGGUAGCUGUCGUCUCGCGUCCUGCUGGAGGUGCUGAGCCUGAGCGUGCGGAGCCUGAGCGUGCGGAGCCUGAGCGGGCGGAGCCUGGGGGUGCUGAUCCUGGGGGUGCUGAGCCUGGGGGUGCUGGAUUUGGGGGUACUGAGCCUGGCGUUGCUGAGUCUAGGGGUACUGCGCCUGGAGUUGCUGAGCCUGGGGGUGCUGAGCCUGGUGGUGUUGCAGUUGACUGUGAGGCGCCUGGAGGACCUCCCUCUUCGCAGCAGCUGCGUGAGUGGUACUCGCGGUACUGCAGCCUCCGGCGGGGUGAGUCUCGGGCUCGUGGUACUGCUGGAGUUGGUACUCGUGCUUCCCCACCACGGCGGGAGCCGCCCUCUUCCCCUCAGCUUCGAGAGUGGUACGCUCGGCACAUCAGUCUCCGUAGUGGAGCUGCUGGUGCUGGGGUCCCCGGAGUUGACGCUGCUGCGAGUACUACGGACCCUGGUGCUGGAGGUGCUGCUGCUGCUGGCGGUGCUGCUGGAGGUGCUGCUGCUGCUGGCGGUGCUGCUGGAGGUGCUGCUAGUACUGAGGACCCGGGCGUUGGAGCUGCUGUGGGUGCUAAGGACCCUGGUGCUGGAGGUGCAACUGCUACUGGCGGUGCUGCUGGAGGUACUGCUGCUGCUGGCGGUGCUGCUGGAGGUGCUGCUGGAGGUGCUGCGGACCCUGGUGCUGGAGGUGCUGCUGCUUCUGGAGGUGCUGCUGCUGCCGCUGGUGUCUCUGCUGGUUCGAGAGCUGCUGCACGGCCACGACCGUACUUCGUUCCGCUCCUUCAGCAGGUUCUUGGUCAGCCUCCUCCUCCUUGUUCUCCUCUCGCCUUAGAGUGUCCGCCGUCUGUCCAGUCACAGCCACAGUUACCGCCUGCCUCACCACUCCCUGUGCCUGCUCCUUACACUGGUCCGACUGACGGUCUUGCUGAGAGACGCACGCACCGGAUGGCGCUUCGUCAGUCCACUGCUCCGCAGCGUGUUGCUCUCACGUUGCCUCCUGCGUCCUCUCUUCCUGCUCUUGCUGACCCGGAGUCAGACUCCCUUCGCGCUGCCAGUCCUACUGUCACACGUCUCCUAGCUACGGUUGUCACUGACCCUUCCUUUGAGUCCGCUGCUGCGUCUGCCCUAGUCACUGAGCUUGUCGACUUUGCAGCUGCGUGUCGUCUAGACUACGCAGCGAGUCUUGUUGCUGAGUCUGAGUCUGCCUGUCCUCCGUCCGUCGGGGGUGAGUGUGCUCUUGGCACGGACGUCCUUGAGGACAGGCAGGAGGAGUUUGGUUGCCUUGCCGCUGCUUUGCCCCAUCUCGUGUCCAUGCUUUUUGCCCCUGAGGGAGACCCGGAUGCACCAGACAUCCCGACCCCACGCUCUUACGCAGAGGCGAUGGCCGGUCCCUACUCCUCUCAGUGGCAGUCAGCCAUGGACACAGAGAUGGCUUCCUGGAAGUCCACAGGCACCUACGUCGACGACGUUCCCUCACCUGGGGCGAACAUCGUCAGUGGCAUGUGGAUUUUCAGGGUGAAGCGGCCGCCAGGCUCUCCGCCUGUCUUCAAGGCGCGUUACGUUGCACGAGGCUUCAGUCAGCGAGAGGGAGUUGACUUCUUCCAGACCUUCUCCCCGACCUCGAAGAUGACCACUCUUCGGGUUCUGCUACACGUCGCCGCUCAGCGUGACUACGAGCUCCACUCUCUUGACUUCAGCACAGCUUUCUUGCAGGGCAGCCUGCACGAGGAGAUCUGGCUGCGCCGCCCACCUGGCUUCACUGGGUCGUUCCCUCCUGGCACCCAGUGGAGCCUCCGGCGGCCAGUCUACGGUCUCCGCCAGGCGCCGCGUGAGUGGCACGACACACUGAGGACUACACUUGCGGCUCUUGGGUUUGCUCCUUCUACUGCUGACCCGUCGCUGUUUCUGCGCACCGACACCUCGCUGCCGCCGUUCUACAUCCUCGUGUACGUCGACGACUUGGUCUUUGCCACUGCGGACACUGCCGCACUCGCCCACGUGAAGUCCGAGCUGCAGAAGAGACACACGUGCACAGACCUGGGUGAACUGACAAGCUAUCUUGGCUUGCGGAUCACCCGGGACAGAGCACGCCGCACCAUUACCCUGACUCAGUCACACAUGGUGCAGCAGGUCCUUCAGCGCUUCGGCUUCACGUACUCCUCGCCUCAGUCCACUCCUCUGCCUACGGGUCACUCGCUCUCAGCUCUGCCUUCGGAUGAGUCCGUAGAGUCGAGUGGUCCGUAUCCAGAGCUUGUGGGCUGCCUCAUGUACCUGAUGACCUGCACUCGACCUGACCUAGCAUACCCUCUCAGCAUCUUAGCACGCUAUGUUGCUCCCGGCCGUCACCGGAAGGAGCACAUGGAUGCAGCUAAGAGGGUGUUGCGCUACUUGUGCAGUACGUCGGGCAUGGGGCUAGUGCUUGGAGGGCGAGACCGGCCUGUUCUCACUGGGCACUCAGACGCUUCUUGGGCAGACGACCAGGCUACUCAGCGGUCGUCUCAGGGUUACACCUUCAGUCUUGGCUCUGGCUCUGUCUCUUGGCGUUCUACUCGUUCUUCUUCUGUUCUCAGCUCCAGCUGUGAGGCUGAGAUCUACGCCACGGCCAUGGCUGCCCAGGAGCUUCGCUGGCUCACCUACCUGCUGACUGACCUUGGAGAGCAGCCUCGUUCUCCUCCAGUGUUGUACGUCGACAACAAGGCAACCAUUGCCUUGUGCCAGGAGCACAGACUGGAGCACAGGACGAAGCACAUUGCUCUGCGUUACUUUCUAGCUCGAGAGCUACAGCAGCGUGGUCAGCUUCUUCUGCGUUACGUGGCCACUGAGGCCAACACUGCUGAUGUGUUCACCAAGGCGCUUCCGCCCGUUUUUGCACUCUUCUAG